AUGAAAAACAUUUUUACUAAAACAAAAACUGAAAAAAAGAGAAAACAUCAAAUGAGCAAAGCAAGUCGAUCCCACUCGAAAAAGUCGACGUCGAAAACUCAAGAAGUUGAAGCGGAGGACCUUUAUUUAGAAGACUCCGAUUCGGAAGUCGAAGAAGUACUUUCUCCGAAAAAACCAAAGCGAAAGAGUUCAUCACAACGUGUCGCCACACAAUCGAAGAGAGGGGAAUUAAGUCCCGAGGAGUUCAACUCGAUAGUGAACGACAUUGUUCGAAAGGCUUUAACAUAUCAAUCCACGAAAAAAAUAUUAACACGAGAAGACAUCGUCCGCACGGUGUUUGCAAAAUAUAAGGUCAACCCCAGAAAUAAGUUUAAAAACUGUAUUGAAGAGGCGACCGCUCGACUUAAAAAACAAUUUGGAAUGGAGUUGAAAGAGAUUAAGACUUCCCCACAGAAGUCUUCAUUCAUCUUGCUCGACUAUACCCCGAUGAAUGAAGACUUAAAGGUAUUACCUCUCGAAGGAAUGACCCACGACGAAGUCGUCGUCCACGGUAUCACAUUCAUUAUUCUGGCUUUGACAUCACUCAAUGGUGAAGCUAUAUUCGAUGACACACUUAUCGCACAUUUGCAAACACUUGACAUCACUGCAGUACCCGGACAACCAUCUCUACAAGUGUUCAUUGAUAAAGUUCUAACCAAACAAUACUACUUACGAAGAAUUAUACUCACAAAUGACAAUGGGACGAAGACUAUUAAAUACUCGACGGGAGCAAGGGCUUAUGCGGAACUAGGAAAGGACGGGUUAUAUUCGUGGAUUGCAAAAAUACAUGGAGACGAAUUGGCAGAGAGUGAGAAAGCAAUGUUCAAGAAAGAGACGGAGAACAUGUUGAAGGAGAACUACGACGAGGCGGAAGAUGCCAAUUUGAUUGAUAAUUAA